AUGAGCGACACUCUUAUUGCGCAGCUAGAACACGACUUUCGCGCGAUUGAGCAGUCAGAUCCAUCGCUCGCUGAUGGAUUCAAAGUGGUGUAUGAUCGUGAAGUACCAUGCGAAUUACGCCCAAUGCGUGGCGGAAGCGCAGAGUCCGGUUCAUUAGAAGGUAUGAAAGUAAAAGUGCUUUCCUUCGGCGAUGAUCAUAGUCUCUCUGCCAUGCGUGUUGAGUUGACAAGUGAGUCCGAUUUGUUUUUUCACUAUACGUGUGUUAUUAACCACGCCGGAUUCCUGCGAUUGCGUGAACACCAGAGCCUCGUCUGUGACUUCCCUGAUUUCUUAAUGACACUACUGAAAAUGUUCAAUCGCUGUAUUCGGGAACCGCAACGGUUUAUUAUGGUUCUUCUUCUUGACGAGAAUGGUACCGCCAAUAUGGAGUUUAUAGAGAAUCUCGAGUACAAACUCGUCGGUGUAUUGACACUCCCGUUUCGGGCAUCACCACCAGAAGUGGUGCGGGAACAGAUUGGAUACCGCUACAGCGCUGUUCGUGCGCGACUUGCGUUACUCACCGCCCAGCUUAAAAACUCAAAUCUUGUGAUGAAGCCACGGCAGUAG